AAGAAAGUAAGAGAAAAAAAAAAUCAUAAAACAACCGCUCACCAAACCCUCAUCAAUGGCCCACACAUGGCGUUUGGAUCAGAAAGCAAAGAAGUGCAGUAUAUGUAUAUCCUACCCUUUUUCCCCGCUUUAAUUACAUUCUUAUCCGCCAUUUUUAUUCUUUUUCUCCUCCACCUCGGAUGAGCUGCUGAGCGCCCCUUUCAGGAAGAGAGAGUAUGGGUACCGGUGCAUCGAAGAACCCCGACGGCGGCUCCCAUGGCGGCGAGGAGAGAGAAGACCACGCCGGCGGCCAGCUCUACGUCUCUCUCAAGAUGGAGAACUAUAAUCUCAAGGGGGAGCUCAUUCCCCACGUCUAUGGCUCCGCGCCACUCGUCGGGUCUUGGGACCAAUCCAAAGCCCUCUCGAUGGAAAGGGAAUCGACGUCUAUCUGGGAAUUGAGUUUUGUUGUUCCACCUAACCACGAGACGUUGGAUUUCAAGUUCCUGUUAAAGCCCAAGCACAGUAACUCUCCAUGUGUAGUGGAGGAGGGUCCGAACAGGCAAUUGACUCGGGGUACGUUGCGUGGGGAUAGAAGCUGUGCUCUGUUUAAGUUGAGCGGUGAUGUUCUCGAGUAUGGAGUAGUGAUUAAAGCAGAUAGGGUAUCGCCUUUUGACCUUGCUGCUUGUUGGAGAGCGUAUCAGGAGAAUUUCCAGCCUUCCACUGUUCGUGGGACACCAGACAUCAGUAUAAAUUCAGCUGUCGAAGCCGCUAAUGAGGUAGGUUAUGUUGCUGUUGGAAUUCUGGUGACCAAGAGGUCCUUUAAUAUUAUUUACCACUUUCUGAUGCAGAAUGAAUCUUCGCCAAGUUUGGAGCUUGAUCUUGAGCACUACGUUGUCCCAGCUCCAUCAACACCUGCAAAUUCAGCUCAUGUUUAUGCGGCUAACCUGACAGAAACUCCUAGGUCACUGAGUCGUGUAGGGGUAUUUUCAAGGACUGAUGGCUCUAGUGGUACAUUACAUUUCCAGAGAGAUACUGGUGUUUCUGUUGAUCAACCUGAUGUACUGAGACUAGAAAGUCACAGAGGGCUGUUUGUGGAUCGGGGGGUUGGAUCUCCCAGACCUAUGAAAUCGGCUAGUGCAUCAGUGUUCACUGUUGAUCCCAAACUUGUUUCGGAGGCAAAGAACUCUAUGCCAGCAGCUGCAGGGGCUGUUGCAGCUGGUGCUGUAGCUGACCAGAUGCUCGGACCAAAGGAGGAUAGACAUCUGGCAAUUGUAUUGGUUGGAUUGCCUGCACGCGGCAAAACCUUCACAGCUGCUAAACUUACUAGGUAUCUUCGUUGGUUAGGUCAUGACACCAAACACUUCAAUGUUGGAAAGUAUCGGAGACUAAAGCAUGGAGUUAAUCAGGUAGCAGCACUUGCAAUGGAGGAUAUGAUAUCUUGGAUGCAAGAGGGUGGCCAGGUUGGGAUAUUUGAUGCUACAAACAGUACCAGAAGUAGGAGGAAUAUGCUUAUGAGAAUGGCUGAAGGCAAAUGCAAGAUCAUCUUUUUAGAGACAAUAUGCAAUGAUCGGAAAAUAAUUGAAAGAAAUAUACGUCUGAAGGUUCAGCAAAGCCCGGACUACGCUGAAGAGCCAGAUUUUGAAGCAGGUUAUCAAGACUUUAAAGUCAGACUGGAAAAUUACGAAAAGGUUUAUGAACCUGUGGAAGAAGGCUCUUAUAUCAAGAUGAUUGAUAUGGUCAGUGGGCACGGUGGACAGAUACAAGUGAACAACAUUAGUGGGUACCUUCCUGGACGGAUUGUGUUCUUCCUGGUAAAUACACAUCUGACUCCUCGCCCAAUUUUGCUUACGAGGCAUGGAGAGAGCCGAGACAAUGUCAGAGGUCGAAUUGGUGGCGACAGUGUGAUAAGACAUAAGAAUAUGAGGUUUCUAGCUUGUAGCAAAAGUCCAUUUGACCUUACCAAUGUACUUGUAGUAAGUGACUCUGGUGAGCUUUAUGCGAAGAAACUUGCAAAUUUUGUUGAAAAACGUCUGAAGAACGAAAAAGCUGCUUCUAUAUGGACCAGCACAUUGCAGAGAACAAUUUUAACAGCAAGUCCAAUAGUUGGAUUUCCAAAGAUUCAAUGGCGUGCACUUGAUGAAAUUAAUGCUGGUGUAUGCGAUGGGAUGACGUAUGAAGAAAUAAAGAAAAAUAUGCCAGAGGAAUAUGAAUCUCGUAAAAAGGACAAAUUAAGGUACAGAUAUCCUCGCGGAGAAUCAUACCUUGAUGUUAUACAAAGGCUAGAGCCUGUGAUUAUUGAGCUUGAACGGCAAAGAGCUCCUGUUGUUGUGAUAUCUCACCAGGCUGUGUUGAGGGCUUUGUAUGCAUAUUUUGCAGAUCGGCCUUUGAAAGAGAUUCCUCACCUAGAGAUGCCACUUCACACAAUAAUAGAGAUUCAAAUGGGGGUAACCGGCGUCCAGGAGAAACGAUACAAGCUCAUGUGAUGGCUCAUGAAACUUUUCAAGUCAGUUUAUUGUCGUUACAUAUUCACAUCACUUACACGAUAUAUACAAUGGCGCUAAAAAUAAAUAAACUUGAACUUAAUUUAAAAAAAAUAAUAACGUUUUGUUUUUUGUCAUGCUAAAUGUGCUAAUUUACAACUGGUGGUGUGCUUCAAUGCAUGCCCAAACGAACACCCACAAUUUGGAGGGUGCUUUAUAUUCAGUUCAUUAAUCUCUCUCUCUGUACUGGUUUUAUUAUGAAAAAGAUAGAAUGGUUUUGUUAAUUAAUAUCAUGGUAAAACUGUGAUUAUUUACAUUUUAACUAAAAUAGGAUUAUUGGUAAUGCAAAAAAGGGAGGACACCAACUAAUUAUACAUUAAUUACACAAUAACUAUAUAAAUGGUGGAGACAGGUUUUUCAUUUUAUUUAUUUAUUCUCAUUUUAUUUUGCAUCUAAGAAAGGUUGUUUCCUUUUUUAAUGUUCUAAAAGGUAUUUAAAUUUCAAGUUUGACUCCGCAGGUGAUUAUGGAAUUCUAGAAGAUUAAAAAAUAUGAAGAGUAUUAAAUUACAAUGACU